CGGUUUUGACAGAUCGUGUAGACAGAUAAAUCAGAAGCAUUCAUCGAAUAUAUAAAGCAAUUGAAGGAUGGCAAUUAAUCACAAAGUCCAUAAAGAGGUCACAACAAUUGGAAUAUAAAAUGGGCUAGUUCAACAGAUUUUAAUAAAGUUUCUAUAAAUGAAAAUAAAUACGCAUUUAAAUGAAUCAUUGUACUCACUGAUUGAAUUAGAAUUCGCUUACAUGCAAUGAAACUUCUCUAUACAUCGAUGAAAAUACAGAUUUAUAAGGAUUUCAAAAUGGUUCGAAUAGAUAAGGAAAAGAUCUUCGGGUAGAUUAAAUUGAAUGUUGUUGUUGUAGUAUUUUGAAAAUUGGAUCAACUUAAGUGUUCUAUUUAAACUAAUACGGCCAUAUGAUGAGUACAAUAAAUGUGCUGUGCAAAAUUUAUGAGGGCAAUUGAACACAAUGAUAGACGGCCAACUUUAGGAUUUUUGCGCAGUUCUUCUGACUUGUGACAUAUUUUCUCAAAAUCACGCACAACAAAAAAAUGCUAAGUGAUACGCAACUUAUACGAGGAAUUUGGACAAAGUUUUAGCUUAGCAUGAAAAUGUGAUCAUGUGUUAUCUUUCGAGUGGUCCGAAUAUCGAUUUCAAAAAUUCGAUAUAAAACGAGCUGUUUUAUAUGGUGCAGAAACAUUGUUCAGUUAUUUUGCUAUGAGGAUAGGAUGGCACGAUUGAUAUUUGCCACUGUAUUUUUAUUUCUGUGGAAUUUCCUGUAUAUUUCCGCCGAUCCGCCGUUAGAAUACGCAGAUGUGGGUGAAUUUACAUUUAAACCGGAUAACGUGAGCUAUCGACUGCCAAACAAUACCAAACCAGAAGCAUACGAUAUUUUAAUUUUAACGGAUAUCGCUGAUGGCAAAUUCGAAUUUACUGGUAUGGUUAAGAUAACCAUUAGAGCGCUCGAGAAGACAAAUACGAUUACGUUGCAUCAACGUCAGUUGAAAAUCUCUGCGGUUCAGUUAGACAGUGAGGACGGUGAUCGCAUUCAAAUUUUACCACCACAAUAUGAUCCUGUCACAGAGUUUCUCACAAUUACCACGACGGAGAAAACGAUAUGGCCAGCCUCAAAAGUAAUUCUCACGAUAAGCUAUAAAGGAACGCUUAGGGAAGAUACAGCUGGCUUUUAUCGAUCAUCAUACACAAACUCGGACGGGAAAAAAGUAUGGCUUGCAGUCACUCAAUUCGAAUCGACCGAUGCACGACACGCCUUUCCUUGCUACGAUGAACCAGCACUGAAAGCCACUUUUGACAUUCGCAUUCAACACAGUUCCAAAUAUACUGCAAUUUCAAAUAUGCCCGAAAUCGACCGUAGGGAGACGUUUAGUGGAAGUACAUUGACACAAUUCAAAAAAAUACCACUAACCUCAACCUAUCUGAUAGCAUUCAUUAUAUCGGAUUUUCCGUACAAGGAAAGCUGGAGCAAGGCUGGAUUUAGACAUCGUGUGUUUGCCAAGCCACAGGAAAUGGAUAGUGCCACAUUUGGUGUUUAUGAGGGCGAGAAAAUUUUAGAUGCAAUUAGCGAUUAUUUGCAAGUUAAUUUUACAUUACCUAAGAUGGAUCAAGCCGCAAUUCCGCAAUUUGCAGCCGGCGCUAUGGAAAACUGGGGCUUGGUGACAUACAGAGAAACAGCUUUAUUGUAUAAUGAAACAAUUCAUUCGAACGAGAGAAAGAUUAGCGUAGUUACGACAAUUGCCCAUGAAUUCGGGCAUCAAUGGUUUGGAAAUCUCGUUUCUCCAAAGUGGUGGAGUUACUUGUGGCUUAAUGAAGGCUUUGCAACCCUCUUUCAAUUUAUUGGCACUGACUUGGUGCACCCAGAUUGGAGUAUUUUCAACGAUUUUGUUGUACAGAAAUUACAUGUUGCUCUUAGAAGUGAUGCCACAAAUAGAACACGGCCCAUGACAUAUUAUGUAGAAAAUCCAUCUGGAAUCGGAGGACUAUUUGAUAAUAUCGCCUAUGCUAAAUCUGGUUCCGUGCUGCGAAUGUUCAUGCACGCGUUCAAUGAGAGCAGUUUUAAGAAAGGUCUCAAUUAUUACUUGAAUGAAAGAUCCUUCAAUGCAGCCAAAGAUAUUGAUCUCUUCGCCGGUUUGGAGCGUGCUGUUAAAGAAGAUGAUAACUUGGAGCAAAGUUUGAAUGUGAAGGAUAUCUUUAGUUCAUGGUCGAAUCAAACUGGUUACCCAUUGCUCAUAGUAAAUCGAGAUUACGAGGAGAACAAUAUAAAAAUUUCGCAAGAAAGAUAUUUUAACAAAUACCCAUAUCCAGAGCCAAGCUCGAGCACUUGGUGGAUUCCCUAUAACUUUGAUACAGCAAAUAACGUUGCCGUGAAAAACACAUUCCCAGAUGAUUGGUUGCCACAAGGUGUCCGAUCGGCGGUCAUUGAACCUGCCGGCAAUAAAAAGUGGACGAAAAACGAUUGGGUAUUGUUCAACAAACAGCAAACUGGGUUCUAUCGUGUUUUAUACGAUCAAAGAAAUUACAAAAUGAUUUCACAUGAAUUGAAUUCGGGAGAUGUUGAAAAGAUUCAUCCACUGAGUCGAGCCCAAAUUUUAGAUGACUUGAAUGAAUUUGUUCUAAGCGGUCGAUUGCCGAGCUACGUUUACUUCCAUUUGGUUCGAUAUUUGAGACGCGAAACGGAAUAUGCACCAUGGGCGGCGGCAAUGAAAUCGUUAUUCAAGAUGAGACGUAUUUUGGUCGAAGGAAGCGUCGCGUAUAAAAAAUACAUUGAAUUCGUUGCUAAUAUUGUUAAGCCGUUCUAUGAAUCUAAUAAAGGCGAUAAAAUCGCCGAUGAACCGUUAUUGAACAGCCGUACCCGUGAAAUGGCAAUCAGACUGGCUUGUGAAUUUGGUAUCGAAUCUUGUUUGAAAGAAGCGGAACAAAUGCUCGAGCAAUCAUUUGUAAGUGAAAACUUCACCUUCGCAUCACUGAAUACACGCGCUUCAAUUUAUGAAUUCGGCAUUCGAUCGGCCAAUUUUAAUUUGACUGAAUUGAUUUGGAGUCGAAUGAGUUCAACAAAAAAUAGCGAAGAGCGACAAGAAAUACUGAACAGCUUCGGAAACAUUGCCAACGAAACACUCUUAAGGGAAUAUUUGUAUAGGACGAUUGAUUCGAAAAAUAACUUGAUUCAGCGCGAACGGGUGUCGUUGUUUAUUGGAAUUGCAACACGAAGCCAAUACGGUCUAUUACAAGCCAUUGAUCUACUAAAUAAUGAGGCUAAUGCAACACGAAAACAUCUUGAUUUAAGCAAAACACUCGCUAUUGUGGCCGCCAACAUCAAUACAAAUGACGCCAAAAAUCGAUUCGAGCCAAUUUUAACAAAAUUAACGAGAAACAGUCAAUUAACAGAAGAUCAAUUGGAACUUAUUGAUGGAAAAAUGCAUGAGGCGAUAGAGAUUUUCAUAUUGAAUCGAAAAACAAUCGAAGACACUGUAUUAGAGUUGCCACUACAUGUGGAAAAUGCCACAGUUCAUACAUCAAGUGGAUUUGCAGCAAUCUUUGUGAUUUUGAUUAAUGUUUUCAUCAUGCUCAAAAACCUGUAAACACCGAAUUUUAUAUUAAAUAUGGAAACGCCUCAUUGAGGCAUUGUCUCGAAUAAACAGAUAAAGUUUAUGCUGGAAAUGAAGUCAGUCCGAUCAAUAAAAAUGAUCGAAUAUUUAAUUUAAGUCGUUGGAAAAAUUCCCAAGAAAAGACAAGAAAGAAUCGAGAAAUUUUUUUCAGUGAAGAAUUCUCUUCAAACAUAAAUAUCGCUUUAUUGAAUAAAUUGAAUCACAUCCAUUUAACAUACGUUACAAAGAUUUUUUUAUAAAUUUUUGUUUCAUUUAAUUAAAUUGAUCUACUCAUAA